AUGCCCUCUUGUGUCCCCCUUCCUCUCCUCGAGCCCUGCUUUCUCGUCGAGUUUCCGGACGUUGCCGUAUCGCACUCACCUUCUGACUCACAAAACGGGGUCCCAUCGAAAAUCAUGGAUGACACGGACGAUGAUUGGAAACGGCAGAAGAGGGAGAUCAUCGACAAGUUUUUCUAUGAGAAGGUUCCCGAGAAUCUAAGUUCUGGACUUAGUUCCACAUCCGCUUGCAACGAAGUCUCUUGCAUCCAAUUCGCAAAGACAAUCUCUGGAACCGACGACAUCGCAGCCGUCGACAACCAAGGGAGCCACAGCUUCACCGUGUCAAGCCCCAGGCUUGGUAUUGUCGUUCAGUUUCGCCUUAAGCCACUCAGGCUCGACACCAUUCGCCGUGCCAACGAGAUAUACGGCAACCUACCAAAGCCAUACGCCGAAUCAAGUUGGACGAAGUCCGCCAAAGCCACGGUUCGUCGCUUGAUGAACAAUACCAGCUUGAGGGACACUGCGCCAGAGCUUUACAACGUCAUCGGCAGCCAUUACCCUCAACUGCAUCUACUAGACACACUGCCGGCCGUCCUAACACACCAUGAUUUUGCGUCGGUCAACAUCCUGGUUGAUGAUUCUGGACAUCUCACAGGGGUCAUUGAUUUUGAUGAAGCCGCGGUAGAAGCCUUCGGCAUGUGUGUAUGGGGCUUGUACGAGUGCUUCUUCGGGAGUAUGGAUGACGGCAAGUGGUCUUUCUAUGAUGUGCCAGCUGACGACGAUUCUGGCCGGACGAUUCGGGAAGUGCUCGAACAAACGUUUUGGGAAUCUUUGUGGACUCACGCGUCUCCAAAUCUGUAUCGAGAAGAAGCGGAGUCGGCUGUCAAGAUAUCCUUGAGCAUCGAAUACGGGGAGCGGUGA